CUUGAAUAUUCAAUAUUGCGGACACGAGACCGGAGGAAGCUGCGAGUUUCGAAUUUCUCUCUGCAUAUCAUAACGAAGAACGAAUUCUUGUGGUCAUCGAUCGUCUUCUGGACGUUGAAAUUCAUAUCACCCAAACAGCGACACCAAUUUCUCCUCCUAAGAUCGCCCCGGAUAACUGUCCUGUCCCCAUCCCUCUCAGAUGCUUUAAUCAGAAGAACAAGGACGGCGGGGAACAACCGGAGAAAUGUCGUUCGAGGCCGGCGGAGGCAGGGAGAAGAAAUUCGUGGAGUUCUGUAAGGGCGUUAAUGGCCUCGAUAAGGUCAUCCUGCGCGAGGUCCGUGGCCAUUCUGCUGAGGUUUACUUGAAUGGAGGUCAAGUUACAUCUUGGAAGAAUGAAUAUGGAGAAGAAUUGCUUUUCCUCAGUAGCAAGGCCGUUUUCAAACCUCCAACAGCAAUAAGAGGAGGUAUCCCAAUUAGCUUUCCUCAAUUUGGAAUGCAUGGUUCCCUUGAACAACAUGGAUUUGCAAGAAACACGGUGUGGACCAUCGAUAAAGAUCCCCCUCCGUUUCCAACAGUUAGUUCCAAUAAGGCCUUCAUCGAUUUAAUGCUUAAACCAUCUGAAGACGAUCCAAAGAGCUGGCCUCACAGAUUUGAAUUUCGGAUAAGGAUCGCUCUGGGACCUGGAGGAGAUCUGAUGUUGACAUCCCGCAUCCGGAAUACAAAUACUGAUGGGAAACCUUUUACAUUUACCUUCGCCUAUAACAACUAUUUCUAUCUCACUGAUAUCAGGUUUUCUCAUGACCUUCUUUAAUCGUUGCUGUAUCUGUGUAUGGGACCAUGGGUCCUCAUUCCGUAGGCUUUGCUGCUUCUAGGUACAUUCUGUUGCAUGGAAAAGUUGUACUACUUUUCCUUAAUGCUUAAAUCAAACACGCAAAAAAGGAAAGUUCACAUCAAAUGGUAUGCAUGUCCAUGCAUGGUUCUCUAAUGUACUAUAACUUGUUGACAGAGUGCUUUUCUUAGAGUUCCGUGUGUCUUUGAAUGUCAGCCUGGACUGAUGGAGGUCCUCCUAUAUUUUGUUAGUUCGUUGAGUAUUCCAACUACAAGUGACGAAUCAAUAAGUGUGAGUGACAUGUCCCCCACUGUAGAAUGUAGGUCAGAGUUACUUUAGUAAUCUGAAGCGGAUCCAUACUUACAUAUAAUCAGAAGCUUAAUAUUCCCAAGUCAUAUAAGUAUAUGUGGCUUCCUUGCUAUGUUGUCCAUGGUUAUGCACGGUGCUAUUUAAUUGCUCUUUUUGGAUAGCAAAGGGUGGCUGCUGCAAACUCUCUAACUAUGACUUGGAUUUGUGUGCAACAUGAACUUAAAUCGUGUGCAAGCUAGAAAUCUUUGUGAUACCAGCCUGUACAUUCUAUCUUUGUUCAUUUCAGAUAAUAAUCAGUCUCAUUAAAAUGUGAAUUUUCACUUUUUUCAUUUAAAGAUAAUUGUUUGCUAUUUCUAUCCUUAAUGAUCAAGAUCACUCGUUGCUUUCAUCUAGUGAAGUGCGGAUAGAAGGAUUAGAGACAUUGGAUUAUCUGGAUAACCUUAAGGACAGAGACCGAGUUACUGAACAAGGGGAUGCCAUAACAUUUGAAUCAGAAGUCUGUAUCAUAGUUUCCCGGGAGUACUACUUGUUAUGUUUAUCAUUUCGUAGCUCUCGGUGUUAAUAGUCCUGUGAUGACACGACUAUUUUCUGAUGUUAAAGGUUGAUAAAGUAUAUCUGAAGACUCCUACUAAGAUAGCUAUUUUGGAUCAUGAGAGAAAGAGAACAUAUGUAUUGCGGAAAGAUGGACUUCCAGAUGCCGUUGUUUGGAAUCCAUGGGACAAAAGAGCAAAGGCGAUCGUUGAUUUAGGCGACGAGGAGUAUAAACAUAUGCUGAUGGUAGGAGCUGCUUGUGUGGAGAAACCAAUAACACUGAAACCCGGGGAAGAAUGGAAAGGCAGACAGGAGCUUUCAGCUGUUCCCUCUAGUUACUGUAGCGGGCAACUUGAUCCACACAAGGCUCUUCGUUUAGGCUAGGAAAAUUCAGCAUUCUCGAACCCAUUUCCUCUACAUACAGGGGAAGGAACCCAGUUGGAGGAAACUGCCAAGUUGGUGCAGAAGCUUUGGUUUUGCCAAGACUUUGUGGAGGCAAGGUUGAAAGAGUGCAGUUUAGAGUAUGUUGCGUACAGACUACAGAGAUUGACUACUCGGUUGAGUAGAAUUGUAAACAAACCUUACUCUGUCACUUCUCCCAGUAGCACAGUAGAAAAUGAUGAGCGUUGAUUCUUAUUUACCCCUUUUUUUUUUUGGUUACUUCUGUGAUGGAUGGAUGGAAGGAAGGAGUAAUACAUCCUUCACCAAAUCAUUCCAAAUUGUCAGAGACACAAACAUCCAUUUAUUUUUUAAAUAGAUUUUAUCUUUCAUCGAAGCAAAAGACCAAGUUAUGGUAUUUACAGAAGGAGGCCGCAGCAGGGUUGUAUUCUGCGCAGACAUUGACAAGUGAUGGUAGUAAAACAGCACUGUACCAUGCGCGGUUGCAUUGACGGCUGCCUGGAGAGGGAUUGAUUACUGACUAUGUGAACUCAGGCUAUAUCAGCCACGAGAGGCGAAGUGAAGCCGCUCGUCCUGCGAUUACGACGAGCAUUCGACCACACGAAGCUUCGCCAGAACGGUCGAUGCUGCUUCAGGAGAUUGCCAUUGCUGCUGCUGCGGCCGCCGUUGAUGAUCUCAAGUUGGGAGCGCCGCAGCAUUUCCCACAUGACUUGGACGUCCUCAUACCCGCAAGUCUGGACGUCGUUGUGAAGCAUCAGAAUCCCGCCACCUUGUUUGCGGGACUUGACGCGAGCAGAAACGGCGACCCAAACGCGGCGGACGGGGAAGAUCACUUUGUCCCACCAAUCCAUCAAUCUAUCCUUUACUCUUAAUCCUUUCCUCUUGCCAGCGCCGGCGACGAAGUAGCACCACUUCCGCCUGAAUCCGCCGUCGCCGUCCUCGCUGCUGCGGGGCGCUGCUUCUUAACCCCGGCACACCUCUUAGAUUACUCCUCCUGCCGUAUCACGCAGCAGCAGAAGAGAGAGAGAGAGAGAGAGGAGAGGUGGGCUUUUAGCGUUGGGCACAA